UAAAAGCUAAAGUCUUGGAGUUUGUCAGCACACUUCCUGUCUGCUGGUCGACUCUCACGCUGCACAGCUCUCACACUCUCCAUGUGUGAGCAUGUGCACUGAAGACACAGCAACACCCGCUCAGCAAGGAAGUUUUCACACCCACAUUCAACAUGGCCGCCGUUAGCGCCCUCUUCUUGCUGGCGGCGGCGCUCGCUGUGGGCGGUGAGACGCUGGUGGUGGUCAAUGUGGGCAUGGAGGUGGCGAGGGGGAGAUCUGCCUUCCUCACCAAAGAGCAGCUGACCAUCAGCGCGGAGGCCGACGCCCACUGCAAGGUGGAGGUGGUCCUCAACGAGCCCGUCAUGCAGCGAGUGGGCCGCCUCACGCCGCAGAUGUUUGACUGCGACUUCCUGCCCCACCAAGUCAAGUACCAACACCACGGCAGUCCUCUACUGGACCACGACUCUGUCCUGCUCCGGGUCUACAGGUUCUCAUCUUCAGAGACAUUGGUGGAGACGGUGGUCCUCCCAGUGCGAGUGGUGGAUUCUGGUUCCAGCCUUGCGGACUUGGGUAGUACUGGAUUGGUGGUUCCUGACUUGUACGCGCUGUCGAACACCAUUGACCGCUCGGUGCUCAACAUAAAAACCAGAGACGACGCAGUGUGCACAGUCCGACUGGUUACAUCGGGCGCUGGCGUGCUGGCAAUGGGUCAACUAGUGAGGGAGGACGCCGCCUCUCAGAGGAAAGGUCGGGACGUAGCGGCGCUCUGCCCGGGAAACAAAGCCUGCAAGGGUGGCACCAAGGAGGUCCGCUCCCUGAAAACCAGCUGCCAGGACUUCCUGACCUCAGGCCUUAAGUAUCAACACCUCAGUCCGCCAUCCCCUGACGUAGACUAUGUCGCCAUCAGUGUGGAGCUGAGGGAGCAGGCUACCAGGGCCCUGCUGGAGAUGGAGACGCUGUGGCUACCGGUUGUGAUCCGUGGAGCCAUGCCCAACCAGCUGCCCCAGGCCUCCUUCAUGGCCUCCUUCAUCCUGGAGGUGGACCAGUUCAUCCUCACCCCGUUCACUACGGCCGCCCUGGAUGCCGAAGACCAGGAGACGCCUAAAGACCAGCUGGUGUUCAACGUGACCGUCCCGCCACCGGAAGGCUACAUCGCUCACCUGGACGACCACACCAAACCUAUCGGGUCCUUUACGUGGUUGGACCUCCACGACAUGAAGGUGGCCUACCAGCCGCCAAACAGCAGCCGAGUGCAACGCAACAACAUGGAGGUGGAGUUCCGGGCCUUGGAUGGUUACUACGCAUGCAGCCCAGCCAUCGUGGUCCACGUCUCCAUCAGGGUGGCGGAGACAAACGCACCCCGAGUGUCGUGGAACACGGGUCUUGACCUACUGGAGGGUCAGGCCCGACCAAUCACGUGGGAGCAGCUGCAGAUCGUGGACAACGACAACAUCCAUGCGGUCUUCCUGGUGGCCGUGGACGGACCUCUUCAUGGACGUCUCAGCGUGAGAGGUGGGAAGGCUUUCAUGUUCCGAGUGCAGGACCUGAGGGAGGGCGUGGUGGUCUACCACCACUCGGACAGUGACACCACCCGUGACCACAUCGUGUUUCGCAUCAGCGACGGACGCCACAGCAUCCGCCACAAGUUCCCCAUCAACAUACUCCCCAAAGAUGACUCGCCACCCUUCCUGGUCAACAACGUGGCCUUGGAGGUCCAGGAAGGUGGCGCUGUGCGGCUGCAGGAGACCACACUGUUGGCCUCGGACCUGGACUCCAGUGAUGACUACAUCCUCUACCAGAUAACCGCCCCUCCUCGGGCGGGGCAGCUGGUCAGAAAGACCUCCCCUCAGGGGCCAGGACUUCCUGUGGAGGGAUUCCUUCAGCGAAAUGUGCUCCUGGGUCAGAUCUACUACCAGCACUCAGGAGAAGAACACUUUGAAGACUCCUUCGAUUUCAUACUGUCAGACAUCCAGGAGCCACCAAACCUCUCGCACGCCUACACGACGGUUGUGAGUGUUUUCCCUGUGGAGGACCAGUUGCCCGUGGAGGUUUGGGGAAGCAGCCGUCGACUGACGGUGAAAGAGACGGAGGUGGUUUACAUCACGCGGUCCCACCUGCACUUCAGCCACACAGAACACCCCGACACGGACCUGACUUACGUCAUCACUCGGCCCUGCUUCAGCCCGCUGCAUCCUGGUUUGAUGGACGCCGGGCGCCUCUUUUACACGGACAGCGGCACCCCGAUGAGGCGCGACCCUACGGCGCCAGUAUUGAUGUCAUUCACACAGCAUGCAGUGGACCACAUGAAGGUAGCGUUCAUGCCGCCAGUGGAGGACAUCGGUCCACAGUCUCUGUUCGUCCAGUUCACCUUCUCUGUCAGUGACCAUCAUGGCGGCACCGUCUCCGGCCUGCAUUUCAACAUCACCAUCAUCCCCGUGGACGACCAGGCGCCAGAGGCCUUCACCAACCUACUGCGGGUGGAGGAAGGGGGCGGGGCCUUCUUGACUGAGGAGCACCUCCUGAUCCGGGACCGGGACAGCCUGGAGGAGGCGUUAAGGGUGGAGCUUGGAGGUGAAGCUGGCCGCGGUCAUCUGGAGCUGCGGGGUGGAAGACUGCGUCCGGGCGAGUGGUUCACGCUGAGCGACCUGCGACGACUCACUGUCAGGUACAUUCACGAUGACUCCGAGACCACCGAGGAUGACAUCGCUCUGCGGGUGACGGACGGUGUCAACUCGGCUGAAGUUGUAAUGCUCAUCCAGGUGCUGCCUGUGAACGACGAGCCACCCCAAUUGGGUGGAGGUCUGCGAGGCGAGCUCAGCUGCCAAGAAGGCGGGCGCGUCCAAGUGACGGCGGACUACCUGUCAGCCACGGACCGGGACAGCGAGGACGCCAGGCUGACCUACAUGCUGGCGCGGCGUCCUGCCCGGGGGGAGCUGCAGCGGGCGGGCCAGCCAGCAGACAAGUUCUCCCAGCAGGACCUGCUGCAGGGUCACGUGUACUAUGUGCACACAGGGGGAGAGAUCGGACCACAGACUGUGUCCGACACCGUCACUCUCAUCAUCUCUGACGGAGGGAUGGAGGGCUGUUGCCGUGGAGAUGCCCCGCCCGUCCCGCUCCACGGCUCACUUCCUGUGUACGACCUCAACAUCACUUUACUUCCUGUUAACAACAAAGUACCUGCCGUCAUUCUAGCGGACUCCAUGUUGGUGGUGGACGAGGGCUCUUUGGCUUGUCUGAAAUAAGGGCGUCCUGGGGGCCACGGACCCCGGACAGCCCCCCCGAAACAGCUGACUUUUCACCUGGACACCAAGCCUCUUCACGGCUUCUUGGAGAACACGCUGCCCACUCCUGGCUCUGAGAAGAGCAACGCUGGAAUCCCUGUGGGUGAGUCUCUCUGCGAGUGGGCACACUGUGGGUCGAGUCUCUCUCUGCGAGUGGGGCCCACUGUGGGUGAGUCUCCUCUGCGAGUGGGCACACUGUGGUGGGCCCACUGUGGGUGA